AGCAGAAUUUGACGCAACAUCUUCCGAAAUGGCACUGCUGCAGAGAUGUCUGCGUUUCGUGCCCAGGAAUAUACAAACACGAAUGAUCCACCAUACAAGGAGUAGAAAAACCUAUAGUCACGCUCGUGCAGAUGAAACUCCACCCGAAACCAACAUCUAUGCCCAUUUACUCCAGCAAAGGAUCAUUUGCAUCAUGACACCUAUAUGUGAUGUCGUGGCAGGAAGCAUCAUAGCCCAGAUCCUAUACUUACAGGCUGCUAACACCAAACAAACUAUCCACAUGUAUAUCAACUGUGCAGGUGGAAGAGUCUCAUCAACACUGGGUAUAUACGACACCAUGCAGUUCGUCAGCAACCCAAUAGCCACAUGGUGUGUGGGCCAGGCCACAGACAUGGGUUCUCUGCUACUAGCAGCCGGAGCACCUGGGAUGAGAAACGCAUUACCCCACUCCAGGAUCACACUUAUGCAGCCUGUCAGUGGACUUAGUGGACAAGCAUCAGAUGUUGCAAUUCAAGCAGAAGAAAUCUCCAGGAUUUUGGAUCAAGUGAACAACAUAUAUGCCAAGCAUACAGGGAGAAGUCUGGAACAAAUAGAGGAAGUAAUGCAACGACAUAGAUUUAUGGACGCAGAGACUGCCAAAGACUUUGGGAUAAUUGAUAAAGUGUUAGAAUUUCCCGAAAAAAAUAUCAGUCAAUGACAAAGGUUUUUCAGUAACUUAUUCCGUCUUUGCAUAUUGCAGAGUUAUCUGCUCUUGGGAGCAGGUAUUGUUUGUUACGUCAUUUGUUUGUGAGAGUUACGUCAUCAAUAUUUGAGAAAAGGACGUAAUUUUCUCACACAAACCAAUGACGUAACAAUCAAUACCUGCUCACAAGAGAAGAUAACUCUGCAAUACGCAGACGGAAAUAAUGAAGUGAUUGCGAAAAAAACAUAAUAUCAUUGUGGGAUUGUGCUUGGAAGAAAUUCUGGAUGAAAGAGCCAAAUUUACUGGAUGGUGCAUGUGUAUAUUGUAUAUGUGGAUAUAGGACUGAGCGAUGCAUAUUUGAAUGUUCUGAAUGGUGAAUGGAUUAUAAAAUGUACUUUUUGAAAGUGUUCCAAAAACAUUGUUCUUUUUGUGCUAUAAGAACUUUUAGUUUUGUAUACACUAUGUGUUAAAGUGAAUUGAAUUAUUAAAGAUAUGUUGAAUAAU